GGCCGUGUGACGUAGCGCCUCGGCUUCUUGCUGUUUAUUGUUCCUCGGCACCGUCAGAGAAAAACGGGCUAACAAGCCGCCAGCUGCCUUUUCCACACGGUUAUCGGUUGUUUUAACGGAGGCGUAACUUUCGAGACAGCUGACUGCAACAAACCAGGAGCCAUGGCGUACGCGUACCUCUUCAAAUACAUCAUCAUCGGAGAUACGGGUGUGGGGAAGUCAUGUCUAUUACUACAGUUCACAGACAAGAGGUUUCAGCCAGUCCAUGACCUCACUAUUGGUGUGGAGUUCGGAGCGAGGAUGAUCACUAUAGAUGGCAAACAGAUCAAACUGCAGAUCUGGGACACGGCUGGUCAGGAGUCGUUCCGGUCCAUCACCAGGUCUUACUACAGAGGGGCAGCAGGAGCCCUGCUGGUGUAUGAUAUCACAAGAAGGGACACCUUCAACCACUUGACGACCUGGUUAGAGGACGCUCGCCAACAUUCCAACUCCAAUAUGGUCAUCAUGCUCAUCGGCAACAAGAGUGACCUGGAGUCGAGGAGAGAGGUGAAGAAAGAAGAAGGUGAAGCGUUUGCCCGAGAACACGGCCUCAUAUUCAUGGAGACCUCAGCCAAGACUGCCUCUAAUGUAGAGGAGGCUUUCAUCAACACAGCCAAGGAGAUCUACGAGAAGAUCCAGGAGGGAGUGUUUGAUAUCAACAAUGAGGCUAAUGGUAUUAAGAUUGGACCCCAGCAUCCUACCACCAAUUCUACACUGACUGGUAGCCAGGGAGGCCAACAGGCUGGAGGGGGCUGCUGCUGAAGCCCCACAACACACCUCCUCUCUGACCCUUCCUCCUCCUCAUCCUGGCCCUUUCCAAACCUCCUUUGCGUUUCUACAGAGCUGUCGAGACUCACUAACAGUUUGUUAACCUCUCUCUCUCUCUCUCUUCUGGCACAUUCUUUCAUUCUUCCCUCCCUCUCUGUGUCUUCGCUCUCUAGUCCUUCAGCCAUGUCUUUCCUGAAUCCUCUGAUCAUACCCUAGGCGCAAGGGGGCUGCGUCCCCCACAAGUCAACCUGACUUCCUACAGUCUCAAAAGGACAGAGUCAGCUUCAUCGGCAGAUGUAGACAAGAAAUUCAGAAGUUUUUCUUGAGGGGGGGUGGGGGGUUUGGUAAACAUAUUUUAAUCUUUUUAUUUAAAGAAAACAAACACUCAUACUGGAAUGUGAAGACUUAUGUUCCAACAGUUUCAUUUCCACAUGUUUUUGGGGAUAUUACAGUACCAUAAGAAAAAAAACGAUGAGAUGAAGUUGUCCUGACGGAGACGGGUUCAUGGGUAGAGAUUAAAAACACACUCUAAACGACUGACUGUAUGGAAUAAAUCAUGCGCUGUGUUGUGUCUGUACACAAAUCCGUACAAGUUUUAAGAGAAAAUGACGCAGCACAUUGAUAGCAGGACAUGUUGCUGCAUGUUGAGUCAGUUUUCAUGCUGUGCCUGUGUGUGUAUAGGGGAUUAUAUAGGUAUUCCAGUAUGUCACUCUGUAAGGUGUAGGACGCAUUCAAGUGGCUCUGUAUUUUCUCUCCAUAAAAAACAAAGUGCAAAUUAUGUUAUUUUUUGUGCUUCCUUUCCCUGUGUUGUCAUUCUAUUUUGUCUUUGUGUCCUUAUGUUGACUUUCAAGAUGAUUUGUAUUUAAUUAACACUACAAACUGGUCGUGGCUUAAAAAGGUGUUUUAAAUUGUCUGGGGGGGAGAAUAAAAGACCAAACUGUUGAGUGUA